AUGGCAGAGAAGCUAGGCAUAGCUGGAGCCUUGCAGCGCCCUACUACUUCAAUCAUGUUUGGAGAUGCAACUUCUAAGUCUCCUCUUGGAGUGUUCAAGAACUAUCACUUGAAAAUUGGAGAAUGCAUCAUCCAAACUGAUCUCACUGUGAUGGAAAUGGAAGAAGAGAAGGAUUUGCCUUGUUAUUGGGAACCCCUUUCCUUACCUAGAGGUUCAGACUUUUGUGCCACAAUUGACAGUACCACUCUCAGUUCUAAGAGUCAUGGAGCUACAAAGGUUGUGAAGGAAAGGGUUGACAAGGAACCAAGAGUUGGGAAGGAUAAGGAUGAGAGAGGACCAAGGAUUGAGAAGCCACGUCUUGAGAGGGCUAGAGUUGAGAAACCACGAUCUGAUAGGCCAAGAGCUGAGAGACUUGUUCAAGCCCCUUGUGUGCUUGAUGAAGAGAGCCUUCAAGCUUUGUUUGAUGAGCCACUAGGAAGGGCUCUAAAAGAAGGGGAGGAUGCAGCCUCUAAGGCAAGACCAGGUGAUAAAAGAAAGGAUCCACCAGCUCAGGCCCCUUCAGUCAAGCCAUCUCAGCUCACAAUGACCUUGUUCCCCACCAAGUUUGAAAAUGGGAAGAUUGAGUACAAGAUAAGGUACAAGGGGAGAUCAAGGCCAUUCUCUAGAGCCAAGGCCUUGGUGACUUCAGAACAGUCCAGGGACCCAACCAAGCUAAAGGAGCUUCUGUCUCAAGUCCUCACUAUCACCCUUGAUGGUGGGACUAGCUCAACCAAUGCCUAA